AUGGCAAAGUUCCUGGCCGAGCUACUGGGAUGCACACUUCCAGACAAGAGCGCUGCGCCAUUGUUCGAGGUGAAGGUGAAGGGCAAAGACAUCACCUUCGCUCUGAAGGUCAUCAAGAAGAAGCACGUGGUGGACAACAGACAGGAGGAGCACAUCCACUCUGAGAGGAAGAUCCUCGCCGAGGCUCGCUCACCUUUCGUCGUCAAACUCUAUCGAACGUUCAAGGACAACAAAUACGUGUACAUGCUGCUGGAGGCGUGUCUGGGCGGAGAGAUCUGGAGCCUGCUCAGAGACAGGGGGAGCUUCGACGAGCCCGUCGCCAAAUUCUGUGUCGGCUGCGUCACGGAGGCGUUCGACUACCUCCAUCGCAAAGGUGUCCUCUACCGAGACCUGAAGCCGGAGAACCUCAUGCUGGACACUGAGGGAUACAUCAAACUGGUCGACUUUGGGUUUGCCAAGAAGAUCAGAUGCGGCCAAAAGACCUGGACGUUCUGUGGGACCCCGGAGUACGUGGCCCCAGAGAUCAUCCUCAACAAAGGCCACAACUUCAGCGUGGACUUCUGGUCUCUGGGCAUCCUGGUGUUUGAGCUCCUUACCGGCAGUCCUCCGUUCUCAGGGAGCGACCAGAUGAUGACGUACACGUUCAUCCUGAAAGGCAUCGAGAAAAUGGACUUCCCCAAGAAGAUCAGCAAGAGACCUGAGGACCUCAUACGCAAGUUGUGCAGGCGAAAUCCCUCAGAGCGACUGGGCAACCUCAAAAAUGGAAUCACCGAUAUCAAGAAACACAGGUGGUUCAAUGGUUUCAACUGGGACGGACUGAAGGCGAGGACUCUGUCGUCUCCACUGAGAAGAGAGGUCAGUGGGCCGACAGAUCACAGCUACUUUGACAGUUACCCUGCAGAUGAGGACAGUCCUCCUGAGGAGCUGUCUGGUUGGGACAUGGACUUCUAAAAACCCGUCUUUUCCUUCAGGUCUCUGUGUGUGUGUGUGUGUGUGUGUGUGUGUGUGUGUGUGUGUGUGUGUGUGUGUGUUUGACCCCUGGACGGUUCGAGUGAAACGCAGCGUUAGAAGCUUUGUUGUCUCGGCCGAGGUUUCAAAGUGGGAGACGUCACGAGUUGCAGCGUUAGCUUUGCUCAAUCAGCCUCCGGGCCAGAAAGUGAAAGUGUGCGUGACGUUCUCGAGCUUCAGCUCAUCAGUGCUGCGGAGGGAGAGAUCACUGAAACAGAUCAGUGUCUUAUUUCACACUGUUAUGUUUUUACAUUCCUUAAUCAAUCUGCACCCAUUUAAUAAUCUCUUACAGAAACCUCUAAAUGUUUAUUGUUCUCCGGGCCCUCAUGACGGCUCCAGAUGUGGCUGGUAGGGAAACUUGCGACGCAGCUGCAAGGUCUUUUAUUUCCUGCAGCUGAGGAGCCGAGGGAGCUGCUGGUUAGAUGUUUGCAGGUUGUUUACGGCUGCGGAGGAAUUGAGGUGUGUGGGCAGAAGGUAGAAUACGUGUGGAGAACAAAGGCAGAGGGAAGAAACUCCACUUUACCGCUCAGCCGGCUUCAAACCACAACACACUGCAGCACAAACAGGAUUUUAAUUUGUGCUCAGAAGCUGCAAGAGUCAACACACACACACACACACACACACACACACAGAGGAACACGAACACCUUCUGCUCUUCAUGGAGGAGCGUGAGCAUCAUCCAGCAGUUUUUAUGGCUUUAGAGCGAUUACCAGGAGAUUCUCAGGAGCUCGGGUUGAAGUUAAAGUAUUUUUUCUUUUAAAACACUGAAGAUUUUACAGUAAAUGAACUGUGUCUAUUUGUAAAUACACUGUAAAGCACAAUCAUCCCAAAUACACAAUGUACACAAUCCAGGCUGCGUGUUCCUUCAUGUAAA